AUGUCGUCCGAAGCUUUCGCGGCCCUUCGCAAGACACAAGGCGAAGAGCUCGCUAAACUUGCAGAGGAGCAUUUUAAGCACGACCUUCGGGAUGAAGACCGCGAUCGAGUACAUAGCGCCGCAUCUAAAGCUUCCAAACACGCCCUCAUCGGCUCCCUAGCCGGCCUUACACUAGGCGGUUGGCUAGCUUUCCGGUUGCGCGCGAACCGAAGCGCCAUGUACCAAGCCUUCCGCGCGUCGGAGAAACCCACACACGUCAAGUUCGCAAGUGGUCGAGAAGAAGCGAUUCCAGAUGUCAGCCCACUUCUCAAGCCCACGCCACUGGGAGAUAUCAUCACGUACACAUUCUUUGGUCUCGGCGGUAUCCUUUUAGGAGGUGAGACUGGUCUGUUGACAGGGUCGUGGUCGGCAAAAAGGAUAAUAUCUCGAAAUCCAGAUAGCAGGGAAAGGAUCGAGAAGGCAUUCAGAUCGUUUCGUGCGGAUGUGCUGAAGAAACAGCUGGAAGAAGUGAAGGAAGGCAAGACGAAAAGUAUCUGGUCAUAA